AUGGAAUCUUUCCAAGUGGAAGCGCCUGCGGUGGAAGAUCCCAGGCCAGCAAGGGCAGCGCCCAGGUUAUGGACGCCCAUCAAGAUUGCUGUGGCGGUACUUCUGGUGGGUGUCAGUCUGAGUUUGAGUGCGCUCUUGAUCCAUUAUUUUGUCGCGCAGAGCUCCUCUGGCGGGGCCCCGUCCCCGCCAAGGUCUCCAGAUGACGAUGAAAUAUGCCAGGACUUGCCAUAUUCCUCCAUACCUGUGCCCACCAGCAAGGUCGGCAUUGCCGAAGCAGUCACGGACUGGGAGGGUUGUCCUAUGUUCGUGGCAAGUCGUGAGAUGGGUUUGGGAGCCGGUUGGAGCCCUCCCUCUCCACCAAGGCGCCUGUUCUUCGGGAGUUGCCGCACAUACCGGGUACCACUUGACUAUAGUCAGGGAAUGGCCGGUGGCAGCAUCACUGUGACAGUGAAGCGCUCAGAUGAGGGUGCCAAAGAUGAUGGCCAGCUCUGGUUGAUGCAAGGUGGCCCUGGUGCGCCUUCGCAUCCAUUGCUAUACCACAUCUCAGUGCCUGGAAAGGUUUCAUAUACGCUGGACCACCGUGGUACUGGAUGGUCUACGCUAUUAGAUUGCCCUAAGGUCCGCAACAAGCCUGGUAAUUUGCCGUGGGGCACUUCAUGGAUGAAGUGGGUAGGUCUCGGCAAUGUAUCCGCGGAAACUAUUGAUGCUUGCCUUUCCGAAAUAUCCAAAGACAUUGGCGCACCCAAGCAUUUCACUGCUGCCAAUGCAGCGCGAGAUCUGGCUUCAGUCAUCAUGGCAGUUCAAGCCGAAACGGGAAGCACAGCUGACAUUGGGAUCCAUGGGUUUUCCUAUGGAACCCUAUGGGCCCGACGCUUCCUGGAACUGCAAGGUGAGGAGUUUCCUAUUCUCGUCUCACAUGUUGGCAUUGAUGGCGUUUGCAGCGGAGACUAUGACUUUGGACAAUAUGCCUUGGCGGCAAAUCGCGCCGGGCAGCGUCUGUUGGACGAUUAUUGUGAUGCAGGUUGCCGGCUCAAGUUAGGUGCGCCUGAAACUGGCUCUGUUUCCGUUUGGUUCGGGGAGGCUGUGCAAGAGAUUGAGAAGGCGAUUACUGACGGGACAGCGGGAUUUUGCGGCAAGUAUCUUUGGGAGCGAUUUGCAAAGUUAUCGGCUCUUUCAGGCUGGACAGCCAAGGCGUCAGCCAAGGAGGCUUUAGGAGCUUUCGGGUAUUUGCGUGUGACUGAAGGAUCCUCAGGGAUGCAACAAUUUGUCUCGCUUGUUCUUACUUUGCGGCGAUGUGUCAGAGACGGAACUGCCAAGACAAUCCCCUCUGAUUUCUGGGCGGUUGCUGACUCAAUCGAGGCCGGUGUCCAGAGUGCAGAAGAUUACUUUCGAACCAUGCCGGCGUCCUUUUCAGCGAUUCUUCACCAUGUCGUCAGCUUCGGUGCGGGCGAAUUGCAUGCUCCGCCGGUAGUCUUGGACGACGACGACGACGACGACGACGACGACGACCAACGACUACGCCUACGAAGGAAAGGACCUCCUGAGCUGCAUGCCUGGGGGCUGGAGGAGGCGCAGCAUGGCAGCUGCAGUUUGGCAUCAUGGCGGCGAUUCUUCGAUGAACGUGUGUUUUGGGCACCGGACUUUGUGACAUUGAUGAACCGGUACCAAGAUGUAUUCAACAAAUAUGGCUAUCGUGAAAAUUCUGCACUUGUCCAUAGCAACGGGCACCCUGCGAGUAACGUGACUGUGCUCGUGACGAACGGUGACUUGGAUGGGCAGACUCCUUUGCGAUCUGCACGUGCUACCUUCGAGGCUUUGCCGACUUGCAAGGCUAAAGUUGAGCUACCAACCGGACGCCACUGUGUCUCUUCUGAUUCCUGCCUACGUGACGUGGUUCGGACUUUCUACAGCAAUUCAGUGACCUGCACUUCAGGUUCACUGAGCCCAGAAAAAUCCAGCGACCUCGGGAAGGCCUUGGAGCGGUUCGCUUCAGGGAGCUGCAGCACAAACAAAGUUACGUGGUCCAAUGGCUUGCUUGAUGUUGAUCGUUGUGGGAGAGAGAGUCACUCUUUCACCUGCAGCAAGAGUAGUGCAGCAAAGACGGGCAUGUUUGGGUUCGCUGACGGUUCUGGAGUGUGCGACCAAUGCUUUACAACGUGCGUCCAGUUGCUGGACAAAGCGAGCGUGCCAAACUCCAGAUGCAUUUGCGCAGCAGAUGCAGCGAGGUGCGGAGCCAGAGGCAACUGCACAGCAGCUGGAAUUCUAUUUUGCUCAAAGAAGGCUACGGAUGCUGGCUGUGACAACGUGGACAAGUUGUGCCGAGAGCAAGUUGCAAGCAGCGAUAACGUGUUGGUGGAGCCAGCAAUGAUUGCAGUUUAG